AUGGAUUCACUACCCACACACCCACAUGUAGCUGUAUCUGAUCUCGAUCCUGAUAACAUUGGUCCAAGCGCAGGAAUAGGACACUUAACCCCUUUCCUUCGGCUUGCGUCGAUGCUAGCAGCUCCGUCCAACUGCUGCAGAGUCACAAUGAUCAUCAUCCGCCCCACGCUUUCCUCUGCUGAAGCCAACCAAAUCAGCACUUUCUUAUCCUCCCACCCCCACAUCAGUCCCUCAGAGUUCCACGCCCUACCCCCUGAACCAUCAGACCCCAACACACAGGACCCAUUUCUCCUCCAAUAUGAUGCUGUCUCUCGUUCUGCCCACCUCCUCGUUCACCACCUCUCCAACCUUUCACCACCACUCUCUGUCGUGUUCUCUGACUUGAUGCUUGCUUCGGGGAUCAACACGCCGCUUGCUGACCUUGGUGUCCUAAACUACACUGUCAUAACCACUUCUGCAAGGUUCUUCUCUCUCAUUGCGAGUCUACCUCAUAUUAGAAUUACAAAAGGUGAAAGUGUUGCGAUUCCGGGUGUAGAUCCAAUACAAGGAGAACAUGUUCCUCCUCCAAUGUGUAAUCCAGAUCAUGUAUUCACUCGGAUUUUAGAAAUCAAUUGUAGGUAUCUUCACAAGGCUAAGGGCGUACUACUCAACAGUUUUGACUUCUUUGAACCUGAAACAAUCUCAGCUCUACAAAGUGGCAAGGUUCUACCAAAUUUACCGCCUAUCUUCCCUGUAGGACCUUUGACUUCAUUUGAGACAAAGAAAGGAAGCACGAGCAUAUCAUGGUUGGACAACCAACCAUUGAGCUCUGUGGUGUUUGUCUCCUUUGGAAGCAGAACAUCAAUGAGCAAAGACCAAAUAAGAGAACUGGGAGAAGGGCUUGAAAGAAGUAGGAUGAGAUUUUUGUGGGUGAUCAAGACUACGGUAGUCGACAAAGAAGAUAAAGAAGAGCUAAGAGAAUUGCUAGGUGAGACAUUUUUCGAGAAAAUUAAGGAAAGAGGGUUAGUUGUAAAGCAAUGGGUCAACCAAGAGGAGAUCCUAGCUCAUUCGGCAAUAAGAGGAUUCUUGACUCAUUGCGGAUGGAACUCGGUCAUGGAAGCCACUCAAAGAGGGAUCCCUUUGCUUGCUUGGCCCCUACAUGGAGACCAAAAGGUCAACGCCGAGGUAGUGGAGAAAGCAGGUUUAGGAGUCUGGGAAAGAAGUUGGGGAUGGGGAGGAGAGAGAUUAGUGAAGGGUGAGGAGAUUGCAGUGAAGAUACAAGAGAUGAUGACAAGUGGAAAGUUAAUGGAUUCUGCUAGAAGAGUUGGGGAACAAGCUAGCAAAGCUUGGGAAAUACAUGGAAGCUCAAAAAAAUCGUUCAAGACAAUUAUUGAUAUGUCUAGGAGAUAUCAGGAAAGCUAA